UUCUUCUGAAGGAUAAGAUGCCGGCCUUCAUUCCAGAAGAAUUUGGUGGUCGACGGUAGCUCCUCGGUCUUCUGGUGCCGCAUCAUCUUCCGCAGUUUCGUUCUUCUUUCGUAUCCCUCCUGUGUGAAGAUGGGGCUGUCAUUCACAAAACUGUUCAGUCGGCUUUUUGCCAAGAAAGAAAUGCGUAUUCUUAUGGUGGGUCUUGAUGCGGCUGGUAAGACUACCAUCCUGUAUAAGCUGAAGCUGGGAGAGAUAGUUACGACCAUCCCCACCAUUGGAUUCAAUGUGGAGACAGUGGAGUACAAGAACAUAAGCUUUACUGUUUGGGAUGUUGGCGGUCAAGACAAGAUCCGCCCGCUAUGGAGGCAUUACUUCCAGAACACACAGGGGCUCAUUUUUGUGGUGGACAGCAACGAUCGUGACCGUGUUGUUGAAGCCAGAGACGAGCUCCACAGAAUGUUGAAUGAGGUAGGAAUCGAUUUGACGUCUCUACCACUUUAUUCUAUUCUCCCUCGGAAUGCUUUUGUUUCCUAA